AAACACUCCGAUAGCGGCCUGUAAGCGGAAAUAGUUAUGAUUAUUAUUAUGGGGGCCUAAUUUACUAAGGCCCAAGACUGCCAUGUAGAAAAUUAGAAUCUGUCUUGGCAGCCCACAUAAAAUCAUUCACCCUCGGCCUUGGUAUAUUCUCCACGCGAGUCUCCCCAUCUUCUUUUCCUCGCUUGCCCUAAUUCCGCAUCCCCGGCUGAGGCAGCAGCGGCGGCGCCGGCAGCGGCACCGGCUCACCAGCGAUACCAGGAAGAAUGGGGAGGUACAGUCCCGCGUACAGCCCCCCGAGGAGAGGACAUGGCGGCAGGGGAAGGAGCCCACCUCCCAGGAGAGGAUAUGGCGGUGGCCGUGGUGACCAUGGCUCUGUCAGCCUCCUGGUCCGCAACAUUCCAUUGAGAUGCAGGCCUGAGGAACUACGUGUCCCUUUCGAACGGUUCGGCCCUGUUCGGGAUGUUUACCUGCCAAGAGAUUAUCACACUGGGGAGCCAAGAGGAUUUGGGUUCGUGGAGUUCGUUGAUGCUUAUGACGCUUCUGAGGCACAGUACCACAUGAAUCGCCAGAUGUUUGCUGGGCGUGAAAUAACUGUUGUACUUGCUGCGGAUACACGGAAAAGGCCUGAGGACAUGCGUAGACGAACUGGACCAAGAGGUUAUUCUGGUCAUGAAGGGCGUCGUCCGAAUCGUCAUGGACGGUCCCGUUCUCGUUCAUACUCGCGUUCCCGCUCACCACGCCCUCGUGGUCGUGGUAGAUCACAGUCAUACUCCCCUGCCCCGAAAAGGCGUGAUGACUACUCUGCUUCCCCACCCCGGGCAAAGGAAGAGCACCCGAGGUCAUCAAAACAGCCUAAAGAAAAUAACAGGGAUAGGAGGAGAUCCUAUACUCCUGAUGAUAUAAAUGAUCGCCGUGGUGCAGACAAUGGUCGUGAUGAGAGGAAGAGGUCCCCAGCAGGCGAGGAGGAUGAGGAGCCUCGGCGCGGUCAUCAUAGGUCACCCCGGCCAGCGUCCAUGUCACCUCCUGGGUCACGGUCAAGGUCGGCGUCGCCUGCUAUCAGCGACUGAUGAAUGUGGCGGCGAUGGAACUGUUGGCCCCAUGAUUGGGGCGGUUUGUCAGACUCUUGUUAUAUCUGCUGCUAGGCUCUGUUUUGAUUUUCCUCCGUGGAUUGUUUGUGUAUGUGGGGCUAAGUCCGGUGGUUGGUUUGCUCGGAAUGAAAUGAGUGGGUGGUGCGUUUGUCGGUGGAGACUCUGCUUGUAACCUGGUAUGGUAUUAGUGGCAUUUGUUGCUGCUGUUUUAGGAUGAUGAUGAUGACCGUAAUCAUUGUGCACAUUUAUUACUGUUCCCGUUUUAAAUCAUAAAGCUUUGUCUGGUUUUAAAUUAUAAAA